UUAAUCGCGUUUGACAGCACGAGACCGAGUCGGAAGAAGCAACUGUCACUGCCAUCUGCCACUGCAUGUAAAAAUGAGUCUAGCACAACGUUGAUCCCUACUUGAGCUCUAUUAACUUGCUUUUGCGCCUAGGCUCGGCGAGCCUCGGAAAUGGGCAAGACGGACAAAAAAGAGAAGAAGGACAAAAAGGAGCGCAGGGAUAAAAAGUCAAAGAAGGAGCGCAAGGAGAAGAAAAGCAGCAAGCGAUAUGAAAGCUCUUCCAGCUCGUCUUCUUCUGAGUCGGAGGGCGAGCAGCAUCGCCGCGUGGAUAAACUGGCCACCAAAGUGGCGGCCCACCUGCAGCGAACGGGCGCCAGCACGGGUGGUCCCACGUUUGUGUGGACUAAGAAGAUCGAGCGCGAGCUGGAGAGCGGCAAGACCGUGAGGGACAUCGCCAACGCACAGUCGCGCAUCUCGCAGGCGGAGCGCAUGGAGGAGAUUGAAAAGGUCCGCAAGCGGCAGGCGGAGCGCGAGGAGGAGAAGGCGCGCCGCGAGGAGGAGCUGUCUCUCAUCCAGCGGCUGCGCGCCGCCCAGGAGGCCAUGGAGAGCGAGGCCAAGGAGGAGGAGUUCUACCUCAACGCGCUCAAGAACAAGGCGGAGAAGCGGUUCGCAGAGGGCCGGCCCAGCUCCAUCGAUAAGAUCGCCAAGAACCUGCACGAGUCGCUGCACGGCGUGUACGGCUGCGACAUGACGGAGCCCUGGAGCUACUUCGAGGGGCUGCUGCUGGACGAGGCCACCGAGCUGCACCAGGGCAUAUGCGACUACCAGGAGUACGACAAGUACGACGACCUGCAUCAGAAGUUCUGGGCGGCGCUGCGGGUGGUGGCGGACGCCGAGCUGGAGGAGGCCAAGAAGAGGGAUGCGGCCGACCGCGCCGCACUGCGCCAGGGCCAGGGCGGUGCCGGCGGCAGUGGACGCGGGGGCGGUGGUGGCAGUGGCCGGGGAGGCGGCGGCGGCGCGGCGGCCAGCGCGGCUGCCGCUGCCGAGGAGGAGGCGGCUGGGCGCAGCAGCCUGCACAGUGACGUGGAGGUGCAGAUCGAGAACAUGCUGUCGGGCCAGACCUACCCGGCGCUGGUGGCCAUGGAGGGCGACGUGGAGCGGGCGCUGUCGGGCGGGCUGGGCGACCCGGAGUACUGGGAGGCGGUGCUCAAGAGGCUGCAGGUGCACAAGGCCAAGGCCCAGGUGCGGGAGCUGCUGGCGGCCUUCAUGCAGCGCCACAUCAGCGCAGAGAUCAUCAAGCGCGAGCAGGCGCGAGAGGAGCGCAAGCGGCAGGCGGAGGAGCGGCGGCAGCAGGCGCUGGCGGAGGGCCGCGACCCCGCGGAGUUGGACUUGGAGGAGAGCAGCAGCGAGGAGGAAGAGGAGGAGGAGCCGGAGCGGCCGGAGAAGCCGGAGCGGGGAGGCGCGGCAGGAGCAGCUGGAGGGGCGGCGGGCGAGGAGCGGAGACGCAAAGAGCCGGGCACGGGGCCCGCGACCGAGGAGGAAGCAGCGGCGGCGGGGCCGUCGCGGCCAGCCGGCGCCGACCAAAUGGAUACGGACGGCGGCGCCGGCACCAGCAAGGGCGAGGGAGCUGACGGGGACGCGGGCGGCGAGGGCGAGGGCGGGGACGCGGCGGCGGGCGGCGAGGAGGAAGCCUCGGAGGAGGAGGACGAGUUCUUUGAACCUGACGUGGAUGCUGACGGGCGGCACAGCCCGCCGCCGGUACGGCCCGCGGAGGUGGCGGGCAAGGACGUGGUGAACGAGGAAGACGACUUCAGGGCGCUGCAGCUGCUGCGGCAGCAGGUGAAGCUGCAGGCCGCCAACGCCUUCAAGGCCGCCGCAGCGCUGGCCAGUGUGCCCGGAGCCAACAACCAGUCGGCGGCGGAGCGGGCCUACCAGGCGCUGCUGGCGCGAGGCGGCGGCGCCACACACCCCAUGCUGCGGAACCUGGCGGCGGAGGAGGAGGCGGCAGCGGCGGGUGGCACUGGCUUUGCAGCCUUCCGCGGCGGCCAGUUCAAGUCGCAGGAGGAGGAGGAUGCGGCAGCCCUGGCGCUAUUCCGGACACAGGCGGAGAAGACCAUGGGGGCGGACGAGGGCGACCGGCAGUUCGGCGGCGAGGUGUCACUGGACAGCAAGGUGUACUGGUGGCACGAGAAGUACCGGCCGCGCAAACCCAAGUACUUCAACCGCGUGCACACCGGCUACGAGUGGAACAAGUACAACCAGACGCACUACGACUCGGACAACCCGCCGCCCAAGGUGGUGCAGGGCUACAAGUUCAACAUCAUGUACUUCGACCUCAUCGACAAAAGCAAGGCGCCAACGUACCGGCUGGCGCCCGACCCCGCCUCCCCGGACGGCUCCACCUGCCUGAUCAUUUUCAGCGCGGGGCCGCCGUACGAGGACAUUGCGUUCAGGAUCGUGAACAAGGAGUGGGAGUACAGCCACAAGCGCGGCUUCAAGUGCACCUACGACCGCGGCAUCCUGCACGUCUACUUCAACUUCCAGCGCACACGCUACAGGCGUUAGAUAGGUGCAGCAGCAGGCACAGUAGGAGCCUCGAGGGGCCGUGGUAGUAAUUGCGGCAUGCCUAGAUGGUAACAGGCAUGUCAAAAAGUCGUUUCGGGCUGCGGCUGUGGUGAGCCGUUUGCAGCGGCAUGACGCUCUGGGCAGGGUUGCCGUGUAGUGCCUUUGUAUGGGCUGCCUGUAGUCGACAGGUGUGCGGCUGCGCCGUGCCGCCCCGUGGCCCAGGAUUCCAUGCCAGCAGGAUUGUGAGCGUGGUCCCCGCUUUGCCGGGGCGGUCACCUCCCUGAUACGGGCCCCAACGCCAGCAGGUUGACUAUAAGCAAGGAUGUGAAAAGUGUUCCCCGGUCACGGGAAAAGGGGCU